UUCAAAGUGGCGGUUAUAGAAAGCAAUGAGUAUGGUUUCUUAGUCGAUCAUGCAGUGGCCAUUACACGAGACGUCAAACCUUUAAACUAUCAAUGCAGAAGAGAUAUAUUUGAGCUAUGGACGCCAUACAUCACUACAAAACAUGAAGACGAUGAAGAAGACACUUGCAGUAAACGAAAGCGUAAGAGGACACGAACUUCGGAACUAAAUGAAGGUGAAAUUGAAGGCUUUGAGCAUCAUCAGAAGAUAAGAGACAUCAUAGCAACAGCAACUAGAACCCUUACAUGUCUUGGAAGAAAGGCUGGAUACUUCGUAAGAAAGAAAAACUCCAUCCUUUUUCAAGAAACCUCUGUAGCUACAAAUGCUAAAAAUGAAAACAUUGCUGUUAAUAAAGCAACAUGCAAAGGGAAAGAAAGCAGAUAUAUAGAUGGUGAAAUUAUUCAGCAUUCAAGUACUUCUCCUUCCCUAGUCUUCCUGCAAGAUGGAUGGCACAUUUUACCCCCAGAAACUACCUAUUUGAUAUCAGAUGCCUCUAGUCUACAGCCACUGGUGGAUAAUGCCAAAUCCAAAGGUUCAUUUGAUGUGUUAGUUAUUGAUCCACCUUGGUACAACAAGUCUGCCAAGAGAACGAGCAAGUACUCAUUCAUGUCAUUAUGGCAGAUCAAGUCCCUUCCAGUACCCCUGGUACUUUCCCAUAAUGCACUUGUGGUAGUAUGGGUCACCAAUAAACCAAAAUAUAUCAGAUUCACUCGAGAAGAGCUUCUACCACACUGGGGUGUUGAGCUACUGGCUGAGUGGUACUGGGUCAAGGUGACAAAAACAGGAGAAUUUGUUAUUGAUCUUGACUCUCCACACAAAAAGCCUUAUGAAACUUUAAUAAUAGGAAGAUUCAAAUCAACUAAAAGUUCUGAUGCCAAUCUGGCUGUAUCAUGCUUAUCGGAUCCCAAAACCACAGAUACGACAGACGCUUUGGUUUUUACAGAUGAAAAGGAAUGCAGAGAAAUGGUGAAUUGCAAAGAACAAAAUGGCUUAAAAUCAAUUCCUAACCACAUGGUUAUCUGUAGUGUUCCCUGUCAAAUUCAUUCAAGAAAACCACCCCUUUCUGAUGUUCUAGGAGACUACAUCGAUAAGGAAGGAAGAUUUUUAGAAAUGUUUGCAAGAAAUCUAACACCAAGAUGGACAAGUUGGGGAAAUGAGGUACUCAAGUUUCAACAUAAAGAUUAUUUUGAAGGAAUCUCUUCCAUAACACCUAGCUCUGACUCAUCAUGAACAUGCACAAAAUAAUGUUACUCUAGCUUAGUAUUAUAUCAUAAAAUAAGCAUUUAGAACCAACCGUUAUGCAUUUAGUGCCUUAGUGGUUUAAUGUGCUGAUGCAACUGCACCUCAUACUAUUUACAAAAUUACUAUUUUACCAUCCUAUAAAAAUAAGACUUUUAUAUUGGUAUUUAUAUAACUUGUAGUAGCAGUUUAUCUGCUCAUUGUGACUUGUCUCUAUAUUUAUCUUUUCCUUCAAUGAAGUGAAAAUUGUGGGCAGUUGCCUUUGUGCUAAGCCUGGUUCAAAGAGAACAAUCCCUAUCCCUUCUAAGAACAAAUACAGUAUCUAAAUACAGUAGCAAUAUUAGUGUAUUACUGUAAAGUAUGAAGACAA